AUGAACGCCGAAGAGCAGUAUUACGCUUCGAGCCAGCUCUACAAGGAGCCGUGCGCCUUUCAGAGAUCGCAGCCCCAGGAUUACAGCCCGAGCCCCCCAGCCUGCCUGUACAUGGGCAGGCAGCCUCCACCCCAGCCUCCCGCGCAGCCGCCGCCGCCGCCGCCCCCGCAGCCCCCUUACGCGAACGUGCUGGGGAGCUUGGAGCAAGGCAGCCCUCCAGACAUUUCCCCGUACGAGGUGCCCCCCAUCACGGAAGAUCCAGGCAUGCCUCACCUCCACCACCACCACCCCCACCACCACCCCCCGCAGCUCCCUCACCCGCACCAGGAAGCGCUGCCCUUUGGAGACGGCACGGACGCCGGCGGCUUAGAGGAGCCGAGAGUCCAGCUGCCCUUCCCCUGGAUGAAAUCCACCAAAUCCCACGCCUGGAAGGGACAAUGGGCUGGCACGGGUGGCUCCUACGUGGUCGAGCAAGAAGAGAAUAAGCGGACGCGGACCGCCUACACAAGGGCGCAGCUCCUGGAGCUGGAGAAGGAGUUCCUCUUCAACAAGUACAUCUCCAGGCCCCGCCGGGUGGAGCUGGCCGUCAUGCUGAACUUGACCGAGAGGCACAUCAAGAUCUGGUUUCAGAACCGGAGGAUGAAGUGGAAGAAGGAGGAGGACAAGAAGCGAGGCGCUGGCGGCGCAGGGAGCCGCCCAGAGCCGGAGCAAGACUGCGCGGUGUCCUCGGGGGACGUGCCGGGCAAAGAGGAGGCGGAGGAGGCGGCGCCGCCCCCGGGCGCCAAGCUGGGCGCCGCGGACCUGCGGCCCUCGAGCCCCACCGCGUCCCCCCGGCGGCGGCAGCAGCAGGAGGGGCGGGCGGCGUCCCUCGAAGACGGGCAGGCAGAGGCGCGGCGGGUUCGGGCCGCCCGAGCCAGCAAGCGGGGCAGCUGCGCGCUCGAGGUUGGGGACUUCAACUCCCAGCAUUCCCGACCACCGGCCACACCGGCAGGCCCUUCUGGGAGUCGCAGUGCCACACCUCGGGAGUUCGGCUCCUUCGCUCACCCUCUGGCCUAA